UUUUUGCACUUUUGGGAUAUUUGAUUUUAGAACUUUUGUUCUUUUACUUAAGUAAAACCAUCUGAGUACUUCUUCCAUCACUGACCUCAACCAUCACAGCUAUAUGCCUAACAACUGUGAUGGGAAAUGAUUUCACCCGCUGUUGAGUCUUUCUAAGCUGAAAUAUAGAAUAUCGUCAAACAGAACUUGUCUUUAAAAGUAUUUAUUCUUGCAAAAAGAGGCACAGUUAUACAGAGUCACAAAGAGUCUGUAGAAGUGUGCGCUACAGAGUUAAAGUCACACAGAGUUAUAAAGAGAGUGAUCAAGGGUGGGGGCCUGUGUACUGGAACGUCCUGCUCCAGGCCGUGGCAGUUAAAGAAGUAAAAUAAGUGCUACAACAGACACACAGAUAUAUAUGUUUUAUCCUUAAGACAUAAACAUGUGAAUAAUAGGUACUUGUUAUCCAAAACAGAGAAGAAGAGUAUAUGUGUGCAGGCUGUCAGCUGCAUGGAUCACAAGUUACAUGUUGCAAGCUUAUAAUGGUUGGUUUCACAACAAUUUAUAAAAAAGUUCUGCUUAUAAGAAUACAAAAUACUCAUAAUAAUAUAACAGCAAGAUACAUUUGAGCAUAACACAAAGGAUGAAGGUCUACUGAGUUCAGUACAAGCACUUAAGCAUUUACACAAUAUACUAAGUAGAAAUAUAUGCUAAGGAGACAUUUACCAUUACACAACCCUAACCAUAAUUCUUUAAACCAAGUCUUAGCAUUCAAAGAGUCAUCGGAAGUAAGAUGUCCUCACAGUGCAGAAAUACCCUUACUAUGAUGGUAUGUUAUCCUCACACACACACACACACACACACACAGCAAGACGUGUUGAUUUGAUUGGACACAGAAGAGGACCUUGCGCCGCUGCUCACUCCCUGCUGGUACAACCAAGGACAAACAGUUGCAUAAUUGUAUCCACGUUGUUCUUGAAUGCUACUUCACGGAUUUCAGACUUGGACUUCCUCGAGCUAGCACCAAAGAGACGGACGCACUCACUUUGUAACGUUUUAUUUUGCAAAAUUGUGGAAUUCUGUAAUCUUAAGGUGGUGAUUCUACAUCUGCAGCAUGCAGCCAGGUGAAGCACAAAAAGGAUUCUCUACCAGAAGCCAGCUGUUCAAUUCUCUGAGGGUGUAUCUGAACAACAAGAACAGACUGCAACCCAUUAUUGGCCUGGGCAGCAUUAUAGAAUGUGUGAAGGCGGGUACACAGCACAGAGAAGUGUUAUACCUGUGUGAAGUGUGUGUGUGUCGACUUAGUAAAGCCGACAUGCGGAACCACAUCAUGGGAAGCCUCCACAGAUACAACUACAUCAGAGCCUGGCACCCCCACUUAGUGUCUGAAUGGAAGGAGAUGUCGGACCUGUCUAAACUGGCCUGGCCCCUGAUGGAGAUGGCCACGGUACUUGAGGGGAAAGAGGGACCUGGAGAAGUCCAGUGCUUAGAGGUUGACGAUGCUGUAUACCAGAAGAUGGCAACACACAGUGAGAGUGCGGCAGUAACUCUGAUAACACUCUUAAAAGAUGGACAGGGUCAGGGUGAACCUGGGAGACAUUCAGAGACCACAUCUGUGCAGCUGGAGCACUAUCCCAUCCAAACGCAGAGGAUGGUAUUGGUCUCCCAGAACCCAGAAAGACGGUCCAAGAACUCCCUCAAGACCUCAGCAGAGACAAACACGACUUUUAUCGAGUCGGAAGGCUGGUUAAUGGACACAUCGCCUGAACCCUCGGUUCUGUCAGAGAACGGCAACAGCUUUCUUGACGGCUACACUGGAACCGAGCCUCUCAUUGGUCUUUUCCGCGUGGUUGAAUGUAGAAGUGAAGAUGGCCACACGUACUGUUUCUUAUGUCACUGCUGCCGCAUCCGAUCCAACAAAAAGGACAUCAUUGAUCACCUAACCAAAUCUUCCCAUCUUGUGAACUACUUGAUGGAAAUUCAUCCUGAGGAGGUGGAGGUAAUGAUGGCAGAUAUUAAUGACAACUAUCCGCUCCUCCGAUCACUGGCCGAGAGAGUGGAGCGAGAGGAGGGCAGAGGAGAGCUGAAGGUGGUAAACGCACCAGAAUCCCUGUGUAGACUACUGACGGGCAAAAGUUACCACUGGUGCAUAAAGAUGUUGUGUAAUAGAUGGGCACAUACUGACAUCCAAAAGCGGAAAAUAGCCGUCAAAGGGCCAAGUGUGAACAAGUCUUCAAAUGAAGUCAUGCCAGAAAAAUGUGCCGCGCCACUGUCACAGUGGCCAAAAACUUUGCCGGCUAAGAGGAAAAAGAGGAAAGGGACUAAUCCUGUGUUCAAUGUAAGCCUGCCUCUCACCAGAGGUGCAAUGCUGCUGGAGAGGACCUCUUUCAGCAUGGACCGCCUCCCCGUGUCUCAUGCUUACUCCGACUUAGAUCUCACUCCCUUGCCAGAGUCCCCGUCAGAGGGCUGUGAGUUGGACUAUGACACGGGAUUGUUUGAAACUGACCACGCCGAACACACCUCACAACAUCAGCACGGCCUCCAUGGUGGAGAUGCAGAUGCCGGUCAAUACGUGGAACCAGAAAGAAACGUCACGGUCACUCUGAAUCAAGAGGCGGAUGCUUAUUUCAAUGACAAUGAACACUUCAACCGGUCAGAAGACUCGACUGCAAUGAAACACCAAAAGGUUUAUGGGGAAAAUAGCUGUGCCGGACAACAUGGUUAUGAAGAAAGGUCAAGUGAGAGGUUUUACAACGAAGGCCCACAGACACAAACGGAGUGGCGGCCACCUGCUGUCUCCUACGCUCAGGACUUGUCCUCUUGUUACUCUCACUACGGAGGAGAGACGAGCUGCACCGACCAGUGGUACAAUUCAGCUUCACAGGGGAACGUCGGCACAAGAGCGUCAGGAGAAGGACACGAAAUGAACUCUGAUGUUAUGGCGCAACAUUAUUACUACCAACAGCUCCAACAAAAUCCGUCCAUGGCACAAGGCCAUGCAGGUCUUCUGGCCGGCGGUGCGGGACAGCACAGUUAUUCUGGUGAAUAUGCUGCUCAGUCAGGUGCUGCUUGGGUCAACAGUCAUCCUUGCUUAGGAGGUCCCUUCACUCACUGGGGCGGCGUUGCACCGCAGCCUGCCGCACCGUUUCAUGAGAUUGAACAGAGACGAUGGCCAACGUACACGGGAGUUCACCAUUGGUCAUGAUUUGAUGAUUUCUGGAAGCUCAAAAUUGAGCAAAUCCCAUUUAUGUCUGGAGAGCCCACGUUUAAUUCUGCUUAUGUUGCCACACUGAAGGCACUGGUUUCUAAUUGUGCCGUGGCAUAUUUUUAUGUUCCUCUAAAAGAAAUGGUCUCUGUCAGAAAUGGGAACCUCCUAAUGGACGGAUGUUUCUCCUGUAGUGAUACAACCUUCAUAGCCUCUGAGGUCUGUGUGCUUUGGCCCCUUUCAUUCUCAACGUUAUUCAUAUGACAAAGUAUUGUUUUGUUUUGUUUUAUUUUGUGUUAAACUUAUGUUGAUUUUGCAUUUUCUUUCAUCCACUUUUAAAAUCGGAUACGAAUGUGUACAUCCAAACUGAAACGAGCCUAGAUUGUGACAUAUUUUCUUGGAUGUGUUUGACCAUUUAGGUUUUAAGCAAAAGUGUAUCUGUUAAGGAUAUUGAUGAUGAUGAUAGCCGAUGUUUUUGUUGUGAGAAUAAUAUUAAUAUUGUAUAGGUUCAGAGCAACAACAGAAAAUCUAAAGGUUUCAGAUCACACAGGUUCUGGUUUAUAGUUGUCACUAAAUGAACUAUAUAUGUUAAAUUACAAAUGAUACUAAUAUCUACAUUUUCUAUUUCUUUUACACCAUCGUGUCAAUGUGACGGCAUUAUGUUCAAGCUGUGUGAAUAACUUUCAAUUCAUUAAAGCGUUGAUGGCCUACUUUA